UUCACUUUGAGUUUGACCCGUUGCCAGCCACCGGCACCUCUUUCUUUCCUACUCCAAUGGCGACCCCACCCUGCACUCUCUCAUCUAGACGAUCCUUCUAACCUUUUCUUUUCCAUUUUUUUUAAAGUUCUAUUUGUCUGAUCCCCAGAAGAAAAGCUUAAAUAAAUAACCUUUCUUCCUCUUUCAUUUCCCUUUUGCUUCUCUGAAACCCUAGCAGCUACUUCUCAGAGGAGCAGAAAAGGGAAAAAGAAGAAAAGAGAACCUCCUCCUCUCCUAUCUAUUCCUUUCUGGCUUUCACAUAUAUAGCAAUCAUAGUGAAGAUCUCUGAUAUUCUCUCUUCUUUUAAUAGAAAAAUCUUUGGGUAUCUCCAAGUGAAAGACAAGGAAAAGAUUUGCUACCAUUUUGCAGAUCCAGGCUUCAUCAUGACAUACACAUCCUCUUCACGGGUUCUUAAUUUUUCAGUGUUCUCAUCAUAAUUAUUGGCUUCUCUAGCUUCAUCUACCCCUUCUUCUUCUUCUUCCUUUUCAAGCUUUCAAGCUCAUAAGCUAGCUAUGGAUUCUGGUAAUAGUGGAAGCAUGUCUUCAAGUGGUGGUGAUGAUCAAGACCUUGAUAUUGUUUCACAGCCUGAAUCCGUUUCCGGGUUUCUGAAUUCGUCUCAUCCCACUAUGCAAUUUGGUGGCUCCUCCGACAACAACCCAAAUCUGUUUUCCCAAUACCAGAACCACCACCACCACCAACCCAGUACACUUUUUGAUCUUUCAUCCAAUUAUCUCCAGGCAUUGUCUCAAUCUCAGUCACCAAACUCUUCAAAUCCCAAUUUCCUGCUCAAUCAAAGAUCCGAUCAUGAACCAAACUCCACCACCAAUACUGGAUCCGAUCAUCAACAAGCCAACUACACCAACUCGAUUCCAAACCUACCAGGUUCAUCAUCAUCAGCUCAUCAAGCUCCACCGAUAUCGGGUACACCACGGGGUAGUUAUUCGUCUGCCAAGCCCAAUAAUUUGGUUCGAAACUCGAAGAAGAGGACGAGAGCUUCUAGGAGGGCGCCGACGACCGUUCUGACCACCGACACCUCGAAUUUCAGAGCAAUGGUGCAGGAAUUCACUGGGAUCCCAGCACCGCCGUUCUCUGCAGGCUCGUCAUCCUACUCUCGAAGGCUCGAUAGUAUAUUUGGCUCCGGAUCUGUCUACCCUUUACGUCCUUCGGCUCAAAAGGUCCACCAAACCCCAUUUCUAUCUUCUUCUUCUUCUUCAUUAUUGAUGAGCAAUAGUGUUAGUAUGGUUGAUGCUUCUAAUAUUGCCACUAGUAGUACUAGUCAUGAUAUGAACAACUUCAAUUUCACUCAUCAAGGCCUAAUUGGGAAACAGCUGCCUCAUCAUCAUAAUAUGAUGGUAAACAUGCAAAACCCAGCUCUCAGUGCAUUCCAGUCAUCCCUUCCCCAUCAUCAUGAGCAGCAGCAGCAGCCACCUCCAUUCCUCUCUUCCACAAUUAACUUUGGGGCAAAGCCUAAUAGGGACAGUACUACUUUGCCGUUACAUCCUCUUGAAGAUCAAUUGGGUAUGACUAUGAGCCAUGGAUAUUUAAAUAACACAAACCUUGGUGCUUCAGAUGGGUCAACAAUGCUGCCAUUGAGGAGUGAUGAUAAUCAUACUGUUAGAUGGAGAGAUUAUGGACUUGGAUUGGGCGCCGUCAGCGAUGGGAGAGGGGUACUAGAUCAAAACCAGCAUUUGAGGCCUAAUUUGGAUCAUGGAAUAGUUAAUUCAUCGAGAUCAAACACUAGAGGUGAAGCUUCGGUUGAUUCAUGGAUUUGCCCUUCAGACUAGACCUCUAGCUAGCUAAGUAGAUAAUGAAGAUGGGGUAUACAGCUUAAAGGAGAAGGCAUGGUUAUGGUCAUGGCGGUGGUGAUAAUUGAUGGAGAAGCUAGGUAGCUGUAGCUUAGCUAAUUUUGUUCUUAACCUUAUUAAUCAGUCACCAUGCACCUCUCAUUAUAAUUUUGCUGUAAAUGAUUAAUAUAAGUUAAUUAAGUUUUCUA